UACAUUGACUAAAAUACCCAAUUCAUACAUUGACUAAAAUACCCAUCUAUCCAAAUAUCAUCUACUCCCCAUAAUUGAAAAAUAAACUCACUGCUGAAGCCGGCAAAAUUGACUGUUCUGGUGUGGACAAAAUACGGUCGCAAUACAACUUCUUAGCUUUGGUUGGUUCAAUUGACCAGACUCCAAAAAAAACCAAAACUUACAACAAAAGGUAUGACAGAACAAGAAGCCACCAUAUGUUAUGAUGCCUCAAAGAAUUCAUGAAGCCACCGGAAAGAUGACACAACUUCGCCGGAAAAUCCUUCGUAUCAACAUUAGGUGGAGUAUACUCGAAAGGGAAUCAAUUUUUUGUCGAUUCUUUCAUUUCAUUUGGGAUAGAAUUCUUGUUUGUUCCAUAGGGAAGCCAGUUCGGUAUCGGCGUUUGUCUCGCCGGUCUUCUUCUCCGGUGAUGGAUAUUCUCGAGUCCGGCUUGGAGCCAGAGGACCUCACAACUACGUGUAGCGGUUAUGAUACUGAUUCGGAUAUAGUGGAUUUGAAGAUCACUCUAUUGGGCGAUUGCCAAAUUGGAAAAACAAGCUUUGUGAUCAAGUAUGCAGGGGAUGAACCGGAGAAGAGAGGUUUGCAGAUGAGUGGAUUAAAUUUAAUGGAUAAAACAUUAAUCAUUCGAGGUGCAAAGAUUGCUUUUAGAAUCUGGGAUGUUGGAGGUGAAAAUAUGUCGCUUGAUCAUGUUCCGAUCGCUUGCAAAGAUGCAGUAGCGAUUUUGUUUAUGUUUGAUCUUACCAGCCGGUGUACCCUAAAUAGUGUCAUAGGAUGGUAUAAUGAAGCAAGAAGGUGGAAUCAGACAGCAAUUCCAAUUCUUAUCGGGACCAAAUUCGAUGAUUUUGUCCAACUUCCCCUGAAUUUACAAUGGAGAAUUGUGACUCAGGCAAGGGCAUAUGCAAAGGCCAUGAAAGCGACCCUUUUCUUCUCAAGUGCAACCCAUAACAUCAAUGUGAACAAAAUCUUCAAAUUUAUAAUGGCCAAGCUAUUCAACUCGUCAUGGACUGUGGAGAGAAAUUUGACUCUUGGAGAACCCAUCAUUGACUUCUAAAUUAAACUGUAUCUUAGAUGUCUCAAUCCAUUUUGUAUAUGACUCUAUAACCAACACAACAUAUAGAUGGUCAUUUUGAUUUUUUGCUUUUUCUUUUCUUCUUCUUCCUCGAUCUUCUUCUUUUUUCUCCCUUGUUUUCUAUUUAAUAGAUUUUCCUUUUGGUCUUCAAUUUAAUGUAAGGAAGGAUUUGUAAUAGUCCAUUUCUCCAUUGCCUUGUUGCAAAGAGCUGAAUUUUCUUAUAACAA